CUCUCGCGCGCGCGCGGAAGGCCUGGCAGUGUAAUGCAUGCAGCGCCAGCUGUUUUCCCCGCCUAUAUAUAGAGAGCGAGCCAAGAACAAUUCUUCGCUAAUAUCCUUUUGUCGUCUGUAGGACCAGCUAAGUCCGUCCUUUCAAUUCUACGAGAGAGGCUGACACAACUUCCGCUGGCGGAAUCUAUGACUUGGCCUACUAUUUGAAGAAGUGGAUGGUCCAAUUUGUUGGGCCUUUAUUACUCUUCAUUGACUGUUAGCUGCAGACGAACUACAGGAGCUUUUACCAAACCAUCGGUGUUGUGGCUACUGGCAUUCUCAGCGAUCAUACCCAGAGGCCAAAUUCCCAAUGGAAAUAAUAUUACUGUUAUCCAUGGAAAGUGUGGAGAGCAGGUGGAAGCUAUGUAUGCCUUAGAUGGCUGGUCAGAUGGAGUGAUAGUUGUCACAGAGACCUACGCAGAUGGAGAUGAUACCUAUAACACCGAAGAAAGAAUUUCUCGGAGACGCUGUCAAGAUGUAUUGUUCCAGCCUCUGAAUGUCACUAAUCUUACAUGCGUACGGAGAGAAUAUGUCACCAUUGAUGCUGUAAUAGACCUAAAGAGUAUUGGCACACAUGUCAUGGUGGAGUCCCAUGACACAACAACAGCAUAUAAUUUCAUUCUUGAAGAGAGCAGCUGUGAGUCAGAUAUCACCAUGGAUUCAGUCGGGAGCAACAUAACAAUCACGAUUGAUCCCCCCACAUGCCCAGGGUGGGAAGACCCCAACAAUCUUGAAUACGAGGCAUUUCUGGUUUAUAGUGAAACGAACAACAAGACUGUUAAAAUUGCCCCUAUAUUAUCAGUGGUGAAUUCUUACCAACUUCAUGGUAUACCAUAUGGACUCUAUGAGUUUAUCGUGAACGCUACAAACAGUUGCAGAGAGCAGUGUACUCUAGCGAGGACGAAAUUUCAUAUUCCAGAACCAACCAUGGACGUGACAGCACAGACUAAUUCAGCUUUUCAUCUGAUGUCAGUUUGGAUUUCUCUAUUGCCAGGUAUAUACAGUAACAAACUGUGCAAAAAAGUCAGGCAGUGUUAGUGGUGUGUCUGGUGGCUGGGUCGGGUUCGUUGCUUGAUUAUGCCCAAGGUAUAUACAUACAACUUUCAAACUUAGAUUAAAAAAAUUGAUCGGGAACCCCCUUAGUGUUUGCUGCCAAACAGAAGUGCUUAGGAUUGCUCACACAAAGUUGGAGAGUAUGUCUGAAAAUUCCAUACUAGUGCACAGGUAUAGGUCCUCAUUGCACAUAAAGCUGGUGGUUUUAAAUGUCAUUUUAGCUAUACGGCGAGCCAUCAUCUCACCCCAGGCCCAGAAUUACUAGCUUUGCGCAGCAUGCAAACAAGCUCGCUAAACAUCCUCUUGACCGACACACACCGAGUGUAUAUUGAUGGAAUCCUGUGCAUUAAGUGGCAUGAUUAAUUUGUACAGCACACGUGCACAGGAUAAACAUUAAUGGGAAGUCUGGGAGUGGCAAACAGCCCAGUGACGCAGAUCUUAUCUCUCUUCGCAGGUUUCUUAGUCUUUUCACAGUUUUGAGACUGAGAGCUCUGCGACCAUUAUCAUAAUAAUAAUUAUUAUUCUGAAAGAUAUUAACAAUCACCAGAAAAUUUCAUUAUAUAGAUCAUAAAAUAAUUAUAAUCAUGCUGCGACACAAUUGUCAUGUUCUGAAAGAGAUUUUGUCACCAGAAAAAUUCUGCAUUUAUUCAUCAUUGGAGUGUGAAUAAUACUUUGCCAGAC